UGCAAGGCAUGGGUUAUAUUUGGGCGCUCCAGAAGUUUACUUACCAAUAAAAAGGUAACUAAUUUUGUCCACCUACUGACAUCAAAUUAUAUAAAGGGAAUUUUAGUUCUUCAAACGGCUUCGGGAAUCGCACUUUUGGCACAUUGUUUUAAUCCCACCGUAUGGUUCCAUCUACAGUAUAUGGAAUGGAUAUGAAAUUAUUUAUUAUAAUUUGGGUUUAUAUGGAUGGAAUAUAUAGAAACGCAGCGGAAAACUGAAGAUAUUUGGUAUUAGUUAAGCAUGUUAACUAGGAUAGUAUUUGCAAUAACAGCAAGCAAUACGCGUGAAAGAAUAAGAAAUGGGGAAUUUCUUUGUCCGUAGACGCCUAAAACGAGAAGUCAAUGAGGCCACUCGAAAAAAUACAAAGCCUUCUAAGAUUGCAGGAUUAAGGCAACAUGAUUUUCAAGUUACGCCUACUUUAGUGGAAGUUCAUUUCUACGAAACUGGGGCCGACGAACGAGAAUACAAACCCGAGAAAUCAUUUAGUCCACUUAAACAUGCCCAGGGAGGAACAAAUACUUCGCCAGACGAAUUCUUCAAAGAUCCGAAUGUUAGAAGAGUCGCAUUAAUAGGGGGAGCUGGUUAUGGUAAAACCGAGAUGACGAAAAAGUUUUCGAAUGACAUGAUGGAUGAAAAGAUUCCAGGGCUAGAGGAAGUUGAAGUUAUACAGCACAUGAACUUUCGAGACUUUCAUGGAGACGAGAAAUUAACCCUGGGAAGUCUCCUGUUAGGAAACGUUAACAUGGCUCCGAGUGACAGAACGAAAAGUAUUGAGUGGAUCGCUAGUAAUCCCAACAAAUAUAUGCUAGUGCUGGAUGGGGCAGAUCAAUACGAAAACAUAAAAGAUUUAGGAAAAAAUCAAGGAACUAGUAAUUAUCGAGACAAAAUGAAUCCAACAGAUAUGCUGAAUGGUUUAUUGUCAGGGAAUCUUCUUCCUGGAAUCCGUGUUCUAUAUUCGUCUCGAGAACACGGAAUAAGAAGCUUUGAUGGCAGUGUCCGCGCGGAUAAAGUCAUUGCUUUAUCAGGCUUUUCAUACGAAUCGGUACAAAUACUCGUCAAACAGCUUGGGGGAGAUGACGGCGAUAAAAUCUGGAAUCAUUUACAAGAGAAAGCACCGGCUUUGAUUCCCAUCUGUACGAUACCGAUGUUUUUAGUAUUCACGGUUCUGGUGGUUUCCAGGCAUAAAGAGAAUCCACCUAAAACAUUCAGUGAAAUUCUUUUGCUUGUGUUACGCGAUAUGACAGUGUCCGAACACGUUCGUGCUAAGGAAGACAUCCACAAAGUAAUUGAUGCUUUAAAGAUAACAUGUUUCCAGGCAACCCAAAAAGGUCAAGUCACUUUCACAAAAAAAGAUUUACCCGAAGAAAUAACAGUUGAAGAUAUACAAGAUCUGAUCAUCAUUUAUCCAGGUACCAGUGGAAUAAAUCAGAAGCUUGUCGAAGGAAACUAUAAGUAUAUAUUAUGCCACCAGAGCAUUCAAGAAGCCCUGGCCAGUUUGGAAGUGAUCGAUAUGACAAUCGAGGAAUUCCGAAAGUUCCUGAACGUUCUUCAUACUGCACACUGGUCCAUGGUUAGAAGAAUAACAAGUGGAAUCAUUUUGAACGAUAAUACUCGCACAUUAGUCAAGGGAAACGACCCAUCAGUCAGUUUAUUAAGAACAGAUUUUAAAUUAUUAUCGUCCGGUUCUGAAAAAAAUACACCUCAAAGGACAGUCACACAUAUUUACCAGGGUCCGGUUACUAUUGAAAAGAAGAAGCAUAUUGUCGCAGCACAAUAUGUAGAGUCUGGUGCAUCAGUAAGCGGCCCAUACAAAGAUGUCAGCUUUACAGCAAUUGCGGGAACGCCGACAGAAUUAGAGUUUGCUAAACAAGAUGCCACACCUGAACAAGCAAAAAAAGAUAAUACAGCAUUGGCAGAUUUUCUUACAUUGAAGCAAGACGCACUAAAGAAAAGUUUUCAAGGACAGUUCCGAAACCCAGAACUUGAGCAACCAGAUCUUCUUGAACUUUUGCAUUCUUUGCAUCAAUGCGAUGACAGCGCAAAAGAAAUCGUAGCUGAUUCGCCAAUGGAAUUGAUCAACUUAAAUAAACUGCAACUCUCGGCUGCGGACUUCCACGUCGUUUUCGGUGCGACUCAGUUUUUCAAAGGGUCAAAUCUCUUUGUCUUGGGACGAUAAACGAAGAACAACUCAGUGAUUUGAAAGGCUUUUUAGCUGAAUCUCGGAUUGCGGUGAACAUUACAACCAUCAAACAAACGAUCACUGACAGUGGCAUCUUCUUAAAUCUUCUGAAGGUGCUUACCAAAUACAAGAAAAAAAUGCAUUUUAAUGCCGUUCAACUGAACACUUUGAAUGAAAUUCAUAUCCCG